AGGCACACCCUCCGUCUGGACGCCUCCGGGCUUCAACGGGCAUUUCUUCGCAGCUGCACUUCUUCUUCUUCGUCUCCUCAAGUAUCCCAAGCAAAACUGAACCCCGAAGCGCAAGGUCUUCCAGGCGAGCGAAGCCCUCCAUGUCGACGGAGGCGGCGGCGGCGGCGGCGGCGAGCGACUCCGCGGCGGCUUUCUCGUCUCCUCCUCCCGAUCCUCCUCCCUCGCUCCGCGUUCGCGACAUCCUCAGCUCGUGCGCCAAGUCGGUCGAGAGUGGAGAUAGCUAUCGAACCGAGAGGUUGGUCUCCGAGCUUGCCAAGUUUCUCGGCGAUGUGUCGGUGGCGGCCGCGGAGGAUGAGGACACGCACGAAGAUGCGUUCAAACUGCUGUCGGGUAUCUACGAGUAUAUAAGCUCCCCUUCGAUUGAUCAGGAGCUCCUUGAUGCGCUCUCUUUUGAGCUUCCGAAGGCUGUUUCGAAAUUUUCAGGGGCGUCGAGACGGUUUUUGGCGAUUGCGGAAAGCAUAAUCCGUCAGUUUUUGGUGAAGUGUAAUCCGCGGGACAUGUUGCCAAUUCUCUGCGAGGCCCUAGAUUCCUCAAGCGAAGGUGAAACGAUUAAGCUUUCUAGCUACUUUGCCCCUCUUUUGAGUGGUCUCUCAGAAGUUCUCCUUAUGAUUAAAAGGCGUCACUUUGAGCAAAUAAAGGAGGUAGUUCCUGCAAUCCUUCGUGUUUGGGAGAAAGUGUCUACAGAUGCAGAUGAGGAGGAUUCAGAUCUUGAGGAUCUGUUCAGCAGCGGUAUAAAUAUUGCUAAUUCGAUGCAAACUAUUCACCAGAAGUUGGACAACGGAUCAGCUGAGAAGCUCCUCAUUCUGCUUGGUCUGUAUGUCUUGCAGAUGAUGACUCAUGUAUCCAUUUGCAUGGAUGAGAAUGUGUCCAGCUCUCUCCGCCUUGUGACUGAACUUUCACACUUCUUGAGAUGUUGCCAUUUAUCUUAUAUUGGCUUGAUAACAGGGUCUGCUGUUGACAUGAUGAUCAGCACCAUAACUGGUGAAGAAGAUAGUUUCUGGGCUCCUUUACCCAGUAUCAAGCUUGGAGCAGCUCUUUCAGUUAUAUGGGGUGAUAUGUCUAACGAGGUUGCUCAUAAUGCUGAGGAGGAUUUAACUGCGGUAAAGAAUGAAAUUCGGCAUAGUCAAACCAGAAGGUGGCAGGCAAUCGGCAUGCUAAGGCAUGUGUUCUGUUCAGCUACUCUACCUUGGAGAUUAAAGAAACAUGCCAUUGACUUCUUGCUUUGCAUCACAGAAGGAGAUAUCUCACAGGAGUGUGAGAGUGAGACUCUAGAUUUCUCAUCAUUUGUUCCUAGCCAUUUUGCUGCCUUGCAGGGGAUUGAGAACGUCAUUAUGUACACAUCGGAUGCUGUACUAAGGAAGAACGCUUUUGAUGUGCUGAAAAGGGUGCUUGCUGAUAUUCCAAUUUCUCAAAGGUUUCACAUCUUAAAAGCCCUGAUUACAAAUUGCAACUCUUCCUCUAUGGUUGCCAUCCUUCUAGAUAUUGUUAGACAAGUGAGGCAUGCCAAAACUAGUAGCGAAUUGUCAAAAGGAAAUGUUAAUGAAGUUUUCCAUGAGACACCAGCUUGGUCUGCUGAUGUGCUUGAACUAGUGGAAUUGGUUUUGAGGCCUUCUAAAGGAGGCCCUCCAAGUCUUCCUGAACAAACUGAUGCGGUUCUAUCUGCCCUCAACUUGUACAGAUUUGUGUUCUUGUCUGAAUCAACAGGAAAAACCAAUCACACUGGAGUGCUGUCCGAGACCAACUUGAAGAAGGCCUACAAUGAAUGGCUUCUGCCUCUCCGGACCCUGGUGACCGGCAUCUUAGCAGAGAACAGAAAUGAUGAUGAUCCAUUUUCAUUCGACGCCGUCGGUGGCCUAAAUCCAAUAGAAUUAGUUCUCUAUCGCUGCAUUGAACUCGUUGAAGAAAAGCUCAAGCAUAAUUUGUAAGUUUGCCUCCUGCACAGAAGUUCUAACUCGAUCUUUUGUUGAUUACGAUCUCUGUUAUAGAAUGCCAACUGCUGCGUGGUAGAA